GUGAAAUAUCAGUGUCAUUAUUCUAUCUGCGUUUCUUCUCGGAUGUGACGUAUGAGGGUUCGACUGUCAACAUGUAAGAUGGCGGCCCACCACAGACAGAAUGCCGCCGGGCGGAGGAAAGUACAGGUAUCUUAUGUGAUAAGAGACGAGGCGGAGAAGCACAAUCGCAAUGGGGUGAAUGCUCUUCAGCUGGACCCUGCACUGAACCGGCUCUUCACGGCUGGAAGAGACUCUAUCAUCAGGAUAUGGAGUGUCAACCAGCACAAGCAGGACCCUUACAUCGCUUCCAUGGAGCACCAUACAGACUGGGUCAAUGACAUCGUCCUCUGUUGCAAUGGAAAGACAUUGAUAUCUGCUUCGUCAGACACGACAGUGAAAGUGUGGAACGCACAGAAAGGAUUCUGCAUGUCAACGUUACGGACUCACAAGGACUAUGUGAAGGCAUUGGCAUAUGCUAAAGACAAGGAGCUGGUGGCGUCAGCAGGGUUAGACAGACAGAUCUUCCUGUGGGACGUCAACACACUAACAGCACUGACUGCCUCCAACAACACUGUCACCACGUCGUCCCUCAGUGGGAACAAAGACUCCAUCUACAGCUUGGCAAUGAACCAGAUGGGGACAGUCAUCGUAUCUGGCUCCACUGAAAAGGUCCUGAGAGUAUGGGACCCUAGGACAUGUGCUAAACUGAUGAAGCUGAAAGGCCACUCCGACAACGUCAAGUCACUGUUGCUGAACCGGGACGGCACGCAGUGUCUGUCAGGCAGCUCAGAUGGAACCAUCAGGUUGUGGUCUCUGGGGCAGCAGAGGUGUAUCGCUACGUAUCGGGUCCACGACGAGGGAGUGUGGGCCCUGCAGGUGAACGAAGCCUUCACACACAUCUACUCUGGAGGCAGAGACAAGAAGAUCUUCUGCACCGACCUGAGGAACCCUGAUAUCAGAGUACUCAUAUGUGAGGAGAAGGCCCCUGUACUGAAGAUGGAACUGGACAGGACAGCUGACCCUCCUCCUGUUAUCUGGGUCUCUACCACCAAGUCAUCUGUUAACAAAUGGUGUCUAAAGGGAAUCCACAACUUCCGGGCGUCUGGGGAUUAUGACAAUGACAUCAUCGCCCCCCUGACCCCGUUGUGUACAGCGCCUGAACAGGUCAUCAAAGGAGGGGCCAGUAUAAUUCAGUGUCACAUUCUGAACGACAAGAGGCACAUAGUCACCAAAGACACCAACAACAAUGUUGCAUUCUGGGACGUGCUGAAAGCCUGUAAGGGAGAAGACCUGGGGAAAGUAGAGUUUGAUGAAGAGAUCAAGAAGAGGUUCAAGCAGGUCUACGUCCCAAACUGGUUCUCUGUCGACCUCAAGACAGGGAUGCUGACCGUCACAUUGGAUGAGAGUGACUGCUUCGCUGCCUGGGUGUCUGCUAAGGAUGCUGGCUUCUCAAGCUCCGAUGGAUCGGACCCAAAGUUGAACCUUGGUGGACUGCUACUUCAGGCCCUGCUAGAGUUCUGGCCCAGGACGCACAUCAACCCCACGGAUGAGGAGGAGAACGAGGUCAACCAUGCAGUGAAUGGGGAGCAGGAGACGCGGGUGCAGAAGGGGAAUGGGUACUUCCAGGUGCCUCCACACACUCCAGUCAUCUUCGGAGAGGCAGGAGGGAGGACUCUGUUCCGACUGUUGUGUAGGGACUCGGGUGGGGAGACGGAGUCUAUGUUACUGAAUGAGACAGUCCCACAGUGGGUCAUAGACAUCACCGUGGACAAGAACAUGCCGAAAUUCAACAAGAUCCCGUUCUACCUCCAACCCCACUCUUCUUCUGGAGCCAAGACACUGAAGAAGGACCGUCUGUCUGCCAGUGACAUGCUGCAGGUGAGGAAGGUGAUGGAACACGUCUAUGAGAAGACCAUUAACCUGGACACUGAGUCCCAGACCACUGCUUCCUCCUUGGCAGCCAAUGACAAGCCAGGAGAGACGGAGAAGGACGAGGACGUGGCCCUCAUAGCCGAGGAGAAGAUUGAACUGAUAUGUCAAGACCAGGUCCUGGACCCAAACAUGGACCUGCGAACUGUCAAGCAUUUUAUCUGGAAAAGUGGAGGAGACUUGACGCUUCACUAUAGGCAGAAAUCUACGUGAGGCAGACACCUCAUUUUAAGGCAUAAAGAGACAGUUUCUUCACACACUACCAUCCUCCAUCUUCAGGUCCAAUGAUUGGCUGGCCGAGAGAGGGUAGGCUUAUCACCCCGCCCACUAUGUUUAUCAGGGUCGUAUAUUCAUUAGACACCAUAUGGGAGAAACCAUGGACUGAAUCUGAAUUUAUUCAAUAAGAAUCACUUUUUUUUUUUUUUUUCCAUUUUGCCGUUGCAGAAUUUUUUGCUACGUUGGGUAAUAAAAUAAUCAUAAAAAUACAA